GAUCAUUCUAAAACGCUAGCUCAAGAAAAGUAGUUUUUAAUUGCUUUACAUUAUUCAUAAGCUUCAUUAUUGUAUAAGGUGUCAGGGACAAUAUGGUCCAAAAUCAAAACUAUGAGGGCAACGUAUUUUGUCAAAUUAAACUUGUAAAAGCCAGCACACUAUGCAUCAUUUCAGUAAGAUACUGUUAGAAGAGUGCCAAACAGAUACGAGAAAACAAGGACAAGCAAGGAAUGGCACCACUCCUGCAGAAAUUUACUUCGUCCUAGACAACAGAAACUGAAAAGUGAUUUUUCCAACAAAAGCAGCAGCAGCCCUCAAGAAGGAAUUGAUAACCCUAGGAGUAAGCUUUCUUCCCUUUACUGCUGCAAAGUUGGACGGCACAGAAUCCCUCCUCUUCCCCCCGCCCCCGCCCCCAUCUUGGGGCUGAACUUGAGAUCCGUGUUUGCUGUAGUUUUUCCGCAGUCAAGGCCUUUUCUCCUACCCCCUUUCAGGUUGCUCUUUACCCUUCUUCCUCUUCUUAGCUAAGGAAACGUAAAGUACAAAGAGAGAAGAGUUGCAGCCCCUUUCUCUCGCCUCCCCCGCCCGCCCCUCUUUCCGUGGCUCCGCACCUUCCCUUCCCCGCCUUCCGGGGGCAGCCCUACUGUGUUCCCUGGCUCCCGCUCCUCCCCUUCUCCACUCCUCCCCUCCGCCCCUCUCCCGGGCUCCUUCUUUCUCGCUCCCCUCCCCUCCCCCAGACUGGCUUCCCAGCGCGCUUCCCUUCCCCCGCCUCUCGGUCCCGCACCCUCCCCUCCCCCCGCCUCCUGCCUUGUGACACAGCCCGGGUCCUCCCGGAGGCGGCGGCAGCAGCAGCAGCAGCGGCAGCGGCAGCAGCAGCAGCAGCGGCCGCGGCAGUAGCCACCACCUCCGCGGGCGCCGCAGCCCCCGGCUCAGCCUCCCCCCGGCCCCGCCGCCGCCGCAGUCAUGGCUGCUGACGGGGUGGACGAACGCUCGCCGCUGCUGUCAGCAUCCCACUCGGGGAAUGUCACUCCCACGGCCCCGCCGUACUUACAGGAAAGCAGCCCCAGAGAUCCCUUCAAGGUGACUUAACUUCAGGGAAGAGGCCAAUUCUUUAUUCUGAAACACACGUAGAUUUCGUAUGAAAUCGGAACUCCCCCCUCCAUAUACAGCCAUCGCCAGUCCUGAUGCCACUGGUAUUCCAGUAAUUAACUGCCGCGUGUGCCAGUCUCUCAUCAACUUGGAUGGCAAGCUUCACCAGCAUGUGGUUAAGUGCACGGUUUGCAAUGAAGCUACGCCAAUCAAAAACCCCCCAACAGGGAAGAAAUAUGUUAGAUGCCCUUGUAAUUGUCUCCUCAUUUGUAAGGACACAUCUCGGCGAAUAGGAUGUCCGAGACCUAACUGUAGACGCAUAAUUAACCUUGGACCAGUAAUGCUUAUUUCUGAAGAACAACCAGCUCAACCUGCAUUGCCAGUCCAACCAGAAGGUACAAGGGUCGUGUGUGGGCAUUGUGGAAACACAUUCCUGUGGAUGGAACUGAGGUUCAACACUCUGGCAAAAUGCCCACACUGCAAAAAAAUUUCUUCAGUGGGUAGUGCGCUCCCACGAAGACGCUGCUGUGCAUAUAUUACCAUUGGAAUGAUCUGUAUUUUCAUUGGAGUUGGAUUAACUGUUGGCACCCAAGACUUUGCAAGGCGAUUUCAUGCAACCUAUGUUUCUUGGGCAAUUGCUUAUCUCUUAGGUUUGAUCUGUCUUAUCCGAGCUUGUUACUGGGGAGCCAUAAGAGUGAGUUAUCCAGAACAUAGUUUUGCGUAAGCUCGCUUAUGAUUCAGUGAUGCAGGUGAGAGUAUCUAGCAGUUCUUGAUAAGCUACUCUGGACAUCUUUAAAUCAUGUAUCCUAAUGGAUCCCAUUCUGGUUUAUGUAUAAAGUUUCAAGACUUUGCGAGUAUUUUAUGAACAAAUGCUCAUUGCACUACAUUAUAUGCAAAUAGUUUGUUUUGCUGCUAGGGUUUCAAGCUCCGAAUAAUAAAACUGUGUCUUCAUGUUCUUUUACAUCUCUUAAAGGUAUUUUUGGAUUUGUCACCAAACAUUACAUAUAACAUCACCCUUUCGUUAUUUUUAAAUCAGUUCUUCCAUUACUUGCUGAUCUGUGAGUAUUCCCAAGGAGUAUUUAUAAAUGUUUCUACAAUAGCUUCACAUUUAUACUCACGUUUUAAUUAAACAGUGUCAAAAUUGCUUGCUUUAAAAUCUAAGCAAUAUGCAUUUUGCUUGAACUGCUUACUGUAACUUUAACCUAAGAUCAUAGUGACCUUAUUCAGGAAAAACAAUUGAGUGUACCUUCAAAGACUUGACAUUCUUGUCAGAUAAAAACCAUUUCUAGAUACUGUAUGCUUGUUUUUUGUUGUUUGUAGAAAGAUACAAUAUUUUGGUAGUAACUUAAAAUACAAGAAUGAAAAUAUUUAUUUGUCCACAGUUGGAGAUAAUGUUGGAUAAAUGUUUUUUCUCAAAGAUCACAGGAGUUUUGUCUUUCAUUUUUGUCUGCUUUUUUAUUUACUAAUUAUAAAAGUUCUGGUCUAGAUUUAUGAAACUUAAUGUUAAUCAUCUGUAUGUAUUCCUUUAUAGAUGUUGGAGGAAGUAUUUCACAUAACAUGUUUUAUAAAACUAACCAUUUAAACAAAGAUAUAUUUACACUGGGUUGCCCUCCUUUUCAUUAGAUCAUAAUAAAUUUUUCCUCUUUGGGCUAAUUAUGGACUACUUAUAUGAGAAGAGAGCCUAUGACAUUUUACACUAGCUAAAAUGUGAAGAUUAGAGGUAGUUACUCUUAUCAUUCUUUUCAAAUAUAGCUGGUCAGAUAGUUACCCAAUUUAUUCAAGAAAGUAGAUCAAAGACAAAAAGCAACAUAGUUUUCUAAGAAUUCACUAGGAUUUAAGGAAUCAGCUCUCGCACUGCCUAUCUUUGCAGUUUUGAAAAAGAAAUUGCUUAAUUGAGAAGAAAUGUUCUAAAGCCUUUAAUGUAGUAGAAUUAAGAUGAUGAGAUGAUAGGAGUAAAUUAAUUGGCUAUUCAAGAGGUAAGAAUAAUAAAUUAAAGUAUUUAUGUUCCUGACUAGUAUGAAAAUGUACUCAUCAGAGAAUUUGGAGCAAAAUACAUGUAAACUUAAAAGAGUAAAUGAUAAAUGUCUAAAUGCCGUAGCUCAGGAUUAUAUGUACCUUUGAAAAUACACUAAUAAAGAUUAUUGUUCAAAUAC